UGCGCGGACCACGCCUCUUGCGACAGCUGCCUCGAGCCUGGUGACUCAAGCGAGGGGUGCUUUUGGUGCCACGCGAGCGGCACCUGCGAGAUGGCGUCAAUCGGCACCGAGCCGUUUGGCGAGUGCGAAGAUCCGUCGUACGCGCGCGGGAUGUGCGCGUGUGCGCACCACACGUCGUGCGGGAGCUGUGCCGUAGCGACGAACCCCGCCUGCGUCUGGAUCGGGCCGGCCGAGCUUCGCGGCAGCGUCGAGUGAGCCGCUCGCACCCUUACAGCUGCACCCGCAGCGCAGAGGCUAUCCCUCACGCCUCCUGCCUCGCCUCAGGUACAAUAACUUCUUUUUCACCAGCUUCGCAACCCGCCAGUCGAUGCCCUCCCUCUCUGUCCGCGCGGGCGGCUGCCACCCCGGCUGGGGCUUUGGAGCCUUUGGGCUCGUGCAGAAUGCGACGCUCUUCAACGGCGGCAUGGGCCACCUCUCGGUGCAGACCGAGCUGGUCCCCGACGAGUACUUUUGGGCGCAGUGCUCCCUCCCCAACGAGGGCUCGGCGCUCCUCAUGAUGGGCGCCAUCGCCGCCGCCGCCGCCGUGCUGUCUGCCCUCAUGGGUGCCAUCUUCCCGCAGCGCCCGAAGCGAGCGAUUUCCGAGCUCCCGCUGAUCUAGGCUUAGCCAGCCGCUCCCUCUUGCGAAAGGGCAUACAAGCUCGCGGCAGUACUCCCGCACGAGAGACAGUCGUACGGCAUGCAGAGAAGUGGGUACGUAUGUUUAGAGC